AGUGGAGACGCAGCGGCUCAUCUGCGAAAAUUGAAUAAAGCUCCAUAUUAUCUGCGCUGCCACCCAUUUUGGCGUCAUCGCCACAACUAACAACUUGGAGCAGUAGCUUCGAAAUGAGCAAAAACCAUUUCUAAGUUCUGACACCUACCACCACCGUCAUCAAUUUCUCAUCGUUUCAGUCAACCGUGGUGAGUCUAUGGCUACUGAGUCUUCGCCUCCACCUUCCAGUCCUCCCGAUGACAAACCCCAAACUCCAGCUGCAGAGCUGGCACAGCCAACAAAUGAGAUUCAACAACAUGCCAGAGAAGAGGCACCUAAACAAAGUUCACCAUCUGUCUUUGUGAACUCGGAACCAAUGCGAGAGGAGCAAGUAUCUAAUGCUGUAAAAUUUCUCUCACACCCAAAAGUUAGGGGUUCUCCUGUCAUGUAUAGGCGAUCUUUCCUUGAGAGGAAGGGCCUCACAAAGGAGGAGAUUGAUGAAGCUUUUCGUCGUGUGCCAGACCCUCCUCCAAGCACACAGGCAACUGGUACAAAUCAAGAGGCGCAAGUGAAAUCAACAUCCAAUGUUCAGCCACCUGCCCAAACACAAGCCCAUCAGCCUGCAGCAGCUGCUCCCACUGGUGCCAUUUCCUCUGUGGGGACUUUACGAUCCCGAUUUCACUGGUAUCAUGUUGUUUUUGCUCUAGGAUUACUGACUGCUUCAGGUGCUGGAACAAUUGUAUUAAUUAAGAAUGCUGUUAUCCCUAGAUUGAAGUCUUGGAUACGCAAGGUUGUAUUGGAAGAAGAAGAAGAAGAAGAAGACCCAGAGAAGAAAGCUAAUGUGAAGCCAAGUUUGGCUGAAGAGGCAGCAGCAGCUGCAAAAGCAGCAGCUGCGGCAGCGGCUGAUGUUGCAAAAGCAAGCCAAGAAAUGUUGAAUUCAAAAAAUGAAGAGAGAAGAUACUUCAAUGAAUUUAUGAGUUUGUUGGAUGUGCAAGUUCAGGAAAUGAAAUCAAUGAACACUACAAUACGUAAAUUGGAAGGACAAACUAAUAACCUUGGAAGAACCUCUCUUGUUGAUCAAGAAGAUUAUCCACCUUCCGUGGCAAAUCAUCCUAAGGUGAGUGAAACACAGCAAACCUAUAUGAAUGGGAAGGUGGAGUCUGAUUUGCGGCCAGUGACAUCUUCAUCUGCCCCCACAUCUGCUGAACCCUCUGUUGCACCACACCCGAAGUCAUAUAUGGAGAUCAUGGCAAUGGUCCAAAGAGGAGAGAGACCUGCUAAUAUCAGAGAUAUCAAUGAUCAACCACCCAACCCAAACCAGCAAAUUUCAAACACUCGCUUAGUGCCAAAGAAUAAGCCUUGGGAGACUGGUCAACGUCAAACUAACAAUUCAAGCCAACUACAAGUAAAUGGAGAAGGUUUGAAUUCCAAGGUACAAGACAAUGGUGUGACCUAUCAGUUUGAUAGUGAGAGUACCACACCUUGGUGGCAGCAGAAGAAUGCCAGAAUCACAGAGAUUGAAAGUGAAGAUCUCAAGGAUGGACCUUAUGGGGCACGAACUAAUGAACCAACAGUUCAGCGUACAUGGGUUCCUCCCCAACCACCCCCUGUUGCAAUGCCUGAAGCAGCAGAAGCCAUCCGACGGCCAAAAUCAUCUGUUCAGAAAGAACAGUUGCCAGAGGAUCAGUCUGCAUCUCAUUCAACAGAGGUAACAGAUGAGUUGCAGAGGAUAACAAAAAUAUCUGAAUCAGGGAGUGCAGAGGUCAAUGUUGUGGGAUCAGAGCUGAGCUCAAGUGAGAUACAGGAAGAGUAAGAACAUAGCUAUGACGAGAACUGAAGGUGGAAUUCAGUUUGGAUGAUCAGCCCAGCUUGGCCCCAGUUACAGGUAUUUACUUUAAAUAAUUGCCCAAGCAUAGACAAUCGGUUUUGAUUCAUGACUAUUGUGUACCCAAACUGAUUGCUAAACAAUAUAUGUGGUGUUUAUCUCAUGAGAAAUGAAGUUACGAAUUCUGAAAGCUCA